GUGACAUGUUUGUAGCAAAAAGAAAAACGUUUAGAAAUCAAAGUGUUGAGAAAGACUUCUUAAUAAUAUCAAAUUGUUUGGAAAGACUUCUUAAUAAUAUCAAAUUGUUUGGAAAGACUUCUUAAUAAUAUCAAAUUGUUUGGAAAGACUGCUUGAUAAGAAUGUUGUGUCGCUGGUCAGGUUUCAGUUACAGGUUAAAUUUAGCUCUGUUUUUAUUUACGACAAGCGACUUAUCAAUAAGUGCUCGCGCCAUAGAGCAAGACAGUGCUCGAUCUACCCAAACGCCGAAUGUAGUUGUCAACCUGACCCGAAUGCCUCGACGUGUUAACAUGACCCAGCAGAAUGUGUUUGUCAACAUGACUCGACAUCGACAUGUCAACUUGACCCAACAGAAUACCAAUGUCAAGAAUAGUGGAAAAUCCAAAAGCAGACGGUAUACCUACGAGGACACGCAUCAGUGGCCAGCAGACGACACGUUGGACUAUGAUUUCAUGGAUGGUGAAAUCAAAGAGGCGCCUCUAUGGGAGCGGAUAGGGCAGAACUGGCAGGUGGUAGGUCUCCGGCUCAUCUUCAUCUUUUCCGCCCUGUGUGUGGCCAUCAUGCUGUGUUGCUGCUGCUGCCAGAUAGCUCUACGUGCGUACUGCUUCAACCUGCAGUCCGUCUGUAACUGGGGAUCAGCUCAAGAGAUAAUUACGUCCUGCUACGAGGAUCCCAUGUACAGCAAGGCAAAGAGGACUGCAGCAUUGUUUGGACUCAAGCUGGAUUACAAGACGUAUAAACGCAUCAAAGAUCAGCAUGACCCUGGAACAUCCAAUGCGCUGAAUCCACUAGGCUUACCUUGGAUGGAAAAUUAACACAUUUUUUUUAUAGGUACUGACACAAAGCUUUUUGACUAGUAAGCUUACACUAAAUGCAAAAUUGUAAUGUUGAAGCUAGAAAAAAAAUAAUUUGAGAAUAGCCUAAUGUAUGUAGAUCUAGGAUCCAAACUUAAAUGACAUGGUUAGAACACCUUUUUUACAUUACAAAAACACAAACAAGGGACAUGAGUUUGAAUGCAAUUGUUUUAUCAAACUGUUUAAGAGGCUUUUUGUGUGCUGUACAGCUGUACAUGUAGCAAAAUUAGUUAAUAGUAAAAAAAGAAUCUGUUUAUGUAGCGAAUGGACAAGUUUUCCAUUGGACUUCUUUGUUUUAACCAUGUACCAUUACUUGCUAUUACUUUGUAUUCAUUCUGAAAUGGUGAGUGCAUUUUGUGUCAGGCAAUAUUCAGUCUUCUGGAGGGGAAACACUACAAGACAUUAAGCUUACCCUUGACCUCCAGCCAGAAAUUAAACCAGUAUGUUAAAUGAAUGUUUGAGAGCUAGUACAUU